UAUUGAAUAAUUUUAGCAUAAUACGAGAAGCAUCAGCAGAGGACUUCUGGAGCCCAAUUGCUACCAUCUUUGGCAUCCAAGUUGUCUUGUACAUCUUCGCACUUAUUUUUAAGAAUAAUGGAAUCGUCGAUAUUUUCUGGGGUCUCAUAGUUAGUAAGUUCUCAUCAGCAAUAUUUUAGGUAGUUCAAUGACGGUAAUACUCAUUCUGAACGGAAACUGACAUUAUAGAACCAUUGUCACACUUGCAUUGCUUUGGAUCUGGGCAAUCAGAAUGGCUCUCUAUGUUUUACUUAAUCAUAAUGGUGAAGAUUGGCGCUUCGCAGAAAUGAGGCAAAAAUGGAAAGAAGCUGGUGGAAAAUUCCUUGAAAUCAUCCUUUCAGGAGUUCUUUAUUAUGACCUGGCUCACUAUGUUACUAAUCUCUAGUUCAGCCCAUUUCAUAGCAAUCUAUUCUCAUGAAAAAGAUGACUUGUUCGCAUUUGAAUGGAUUGGAUGGAUCAUAACCUUAGCAGCAAUAGUUUUAGAGUUCGUCUCAGACAUGCAAAUACUGGUGUUUAAGAAGAAUGAAGAAAACAAAGGAAAGAUCUGAACUAUCGGUCUCUGGAAGUUGUCACUCCAUCCUAACUUCUUCUUCGAAUCUUUAGUAUGGUGGUGAGUCUACAUCACAGCUUGCUCAAUCAAAUGGGGAUAUGUUACCAUUUGGGCCCCUCUAAUAAUCACAUUGACACUUCGAUAUGUCUCUGGAGUUCCAAUUAUUGAGAAAAAGUUUGAAGAAAGAGAAGGCUUUGAGUUGUAUAAAAAGCAAACAAACUGUUUUAUCCCAUGGAUUCCUAAAAAGGUAAAUCAAAUUGCCCAAAAUUAAAAAGACGAGCUUUAAUAUAGAUUGAAGAGUAUUCACCAAUAGAUCAUAAAGAGAAAUCAGGAUAAAUUUGUUAUAAUUAAUCUGUUAUUUU